AUGAAGGGUACCCCCAGGGGGGCCCCCAAAGAGGACCCGAAGGGGACCCCCAGGGGGGCCCCCAAGGAGGAGACAAAGGGGACCCCCAGGGGGGCCCCCAAGGAGGAGACAAAGGGGACCCCCAGGGGGCCCCCCAAGGAGGAGACGAAGGGGGGGGCCCCCCUUGGGGCCCCCAAGGAGAUACCGAAGUUGAAACAUAAGGAUAGCCUAAAAGAGGAGGACCCGAAGGGGACCCCCAAGGGGGCCCCCAAGGAGGAGACAAAGGGGACCCCCAGGGGGCCCCCCAAGGAGGAGACGAAGGGGGGGGGCCCCCAGGGGGCCCCCAAGGAGAUACCGAAGUUGAAACAUAAGGAUAGCCUAAAAGAGGGUACUAAAGGGGACCCUGAAGGGGCCCCCAAGGAGACCCCCAGGGGGGGGAGGCUGAGGAGCCCCAGGGGGCCCCUCAGGCAAGGGUCUAGGGGGCCCCCCAAGAAGGGUUUCCGCCGCAGCGGUGCUUCUCUAUCAAUAGACGAAGACACACAGAGUACUUCUUCUGCUUCGACCACUGCAGCAGCAGCAGCAGCAGCAGCAGCAGCAGAUACAGCCAGAGACACACACACAAGCGAUGAUGAUGAGGGCCCCACCAGCGGCACCUCUACCCCCCCAGCAGAGCAGUCGGGGCUCACCAGCUGGCUGGGGGGUUGGUUCUAA